AAUCUAUCCUCUCGCGUCUCGCCUGUCCCAGUUCCUUCUUCCAAAUCGUAUCCCCUUCCCUAACAAGUCCCCACCGCCGUCGCCGGCCACGGCGAGCCGUCACGCGCUGAUGCCCCCUCGGCCGCGGCCCCGCCGAUCCGUCGUCCACCACUACCGCGUCUGUCACCUCCUCCUCUUUCUCCCGCUCGUCCUUCUCCUCUUCCUCCUCCUUCUCCGGCCCCUCCCCGCGCUCCUCCUCCGCCGCGCCAACUCCCUCGGCCGUCGCUGUCUUUCCCCGGUCCCCGCCACCGACCGCCUCCUCCUCCCUCGCCUCAGCCUCGCCAUCGUCACCCUCUCCGACGAUGGCGCGUCGCGCGGACGGCGGUCCUUCCGCGGCGUGCUGGCGGCCACCGCGCGGAACAAACGCUCGUACGCGGUGGCGCAUGGGUACGCGCUCACCGCGCUUCACGCCGCCGCCGUCGACUCCCGCCGCCCGCCCAGCUGGAGCAAGGUCCUCGCCCUCCGCGCGCACCUCCGCCACCACCACUGGCUCUUCUGGAACGACGCGGACACGCUGGUCGCCAACCCGGACAUUCCGUUGGAGAGGAUUUUGUUCUCAGUUAUUGGACAUAGUGAUUUUAAUGAGUCGCCUGAUCUUGUUCUGACAGAGGAUUUCAAUGGCGUGAACGCUGGUGUGUUCUUCAUACGGAGGUCAAAUUGGAGUGAGAGGUUUUUGGAUAGAUGGUGGAACCACACAUCAUUUAUACAGUUUGAUUCCACAAAAAGUGGAGAUAAUGCAGCACUGAAGCAUCUCAUAGAUCACUUAUCCCCUGAAGAAAUGCAAGCGCACAUCCGGAUAGCUAAAAUGCAGUGUCUCUUCAACUCCUACCCUUGGACGCCCACAUGGAAAUCAGUGCAUCGCCUUAUCUUCCACCUGCCCACAACAUGGAAUGGGGUUUAUUCAGAUGGAGACUUUAUGAUUCAUUUUGCUGGUCUAGAUGACAAGCGAGGUUGGACAGAUAAGAUUCUUGGAGAGUUAGAAACUCCAAGAUGAGCCGAUUUACUUCAGUUCAUAAUUAAGCUAAGGAGAAACCAUAAGAUUAUGUGAAGGCCUUGACUGAUCUGAUAUUCAGUUUAUCAAUGCCACAGUUAAAAGUCAAAACUGUGUCAUCUACACAAUCUAAUCAGGCAACCAGAAAAUUCUGUGAGGGCCCUGACUUUAUAUGACAUUCAGUGUUAUAGUACAGCAACGCGCCUGGAUGCCACUGUCAAAAGUCAAAACUGUACACGAUCUACCCAGGUUGUGUUCCACUUCGUGUUGCUAGUGUUAACCAUCAUUGUCGAAACUCAACAGGCACAGUGUCAAAAGUGGCUCUUUCUGGGGGCACCAUGCCAAACCUACAAAAGAAAAAGGAACAGGUUAUAUAGUCAGCUCUUCCCCAGAGCUCAAACCAUUGUGUUACAUGCAUAAAUCACCUCAUGGACCUGAUAACCUGAUUACUCCCUCCAGGUAUGCACCAGUGCACUGGGAGCAGCAACACUGCCAGCUUGAAGGAAUCAACAUCACCAUCUGCAAACAGCAGAACUGGCUAGACAGCAAACUGUUGGUUUUGUGUACCGAGGGCCCAAGCUAGCGGCUAGCCCCACACCUACAGUUCCCAUCUUGUACAUGGUUCCACGCUAAUUGUCAUUAUUGGUUGCUCUACAAUCAGUAUCAACAGGCAUAUGGUUGCUUGUCUAAAACCUUAAUGGCUAUUAAAUGCCAAUAUUUCUAUCUCAAAUUUACAGUGCUUAGUGUUGUUGA